AUGGUACUCUCCGUCAUCCGCACCUGGCUCUGUGAUAUCAUUUGGCCUCCCACAACCCAGGAGUCGGAUAAGUCGAAGAACGUUGCAGAAUUACCGCUCGAUGAUCCCCACCCCUUUCGAACGAAUGAAACGGGACCUGGAUCAUCUCUCAAUGCUCAACCUUCUCCAUUUCCCCAGGAUCCUUAUAUUGGUAUCCCAGUAAUUGGAAAUGGCAUGACUGGGAUUAUUCUUAAGCUGGGGGAAGACCGUGCUGUUAAGAAAGCUAAGCAAUAUAAACUCGGAUACCUCCCAGAUCGCGAGGAUGUGGAGUACAUGAACGAAAUAAAUCAACAAACUCUGGCGAAUGAGAUCCAAGUCUUUGAACGCCUGGGCAGCUAUACGGGGAUUAUUCCGUAUUUUCAAAUAUCCCAGUAUGGGAUUGAGCUAGCCCUUGCCCAAGGAGAUCUUGAGUCCCAUCUAGAAACCUAUCCGGAAUGCGAGAAUUCCUUGAAAAUCAGCUGGAUGUUAAGUCUGAUCAAGACUUUUGCCUAUAUCCACUCUCAUAAGGUACUCGUGGAUGAUAUUGCGCUCCGCAAUAUCUUAAUCCCGGAUGGGCAGCUUAAACUUGCAGACUUCGGACAAUCUAUUUUAUUACCCCUUGAUAUCGAUAUGGCUUCUGCUAAUGAAAAUGACUUGAAUGUUCAGAUUGAAAUACUGCAUCUUAGUUGGGUUCUUUACUCUAUUCCAUCCUGGCAUGUCCAUAAAUACUAUUUCUUUAGCCCCGAGAACCCUGACCUGUGUUGGCCUGAACCAGACUCAUUCCCAAAUGUUGACGAUAUUCUAUGGGGGAGGAUAAUUAAGAAAUGCUGGCAUGGCGAAUACGGGAGUAUGGAGAAUGUGAAAGACGAGGCUCACCAAUUACUCACUAGCCAGCAUGAGAGGUGUGAUCCUGGUGACGAUUCUGUUGCCUGACUCGCUAGUAGGGAUAUAUAUGAAAGUGAAUGAUAUUAUCUAAAGGAAAUAUUUAACAGCGCAACGUCAACGCUCAAACAUGUAUGUCCCAAGGAAAUGAAAUAGACAAGAAAAACAUCAUAAUAUACAACUCCAUGCUCGAUCCUUCCUAUGCUCAAUCCAUUGAAUUUAAACCAAAGCAAAGGCAUAUAUGCAAUGCAAAUAGAAAGAGGACC